AUGAAAGGUAGCCGGAUCGAGCUGGGGGAUGUGACGCCCCACAACAUCAAGCAGCUGAAGCGCCUCAACCAGGUCAUCUUCCCAGUCAGCUACAACGACAAGUUCUACAAGGACGUGUUGGAGGUGGGCGAGCUCGCUAAGCUUGCAUACUUUAAUGACAUCGCAGUUGGGGCUGUGUGCUGCCGAGUGGACCACUCUCAGAACCAAAAGCGAUUGUACAUCAUGACACUGGGCUGUCUUGCCCCGUACCGGAGACUUGGCAUUGGUACAAAGAUGCUAAACCACGUGCUCAACAUCUGCGAGAAGGAUGGCACUUUAGACAACAUUUACCUUCACGUCCAGAUAAGCAACGAGUCAGCCAUCGACUUCUACCAGAAGUUUGGCUUCGAAAUCAUCGAAACGAAGAAGAACUACUACAAGAGGAUAGAACCGGCAGAUGCGCACGUCCUACAGAAAAGCUUGCGCAGUCCGAGCGCGCCGCCCAGCAGAGAGCUUCAGAAAACGGAAUAG